UUGCCUCUCUCAACCUCUACGCUCCUCUUGUAGGAGCCAAAGUGGCGCUUCGCAGCAAUAGAAAGAAUGGAAUGGAUUAGUUUAGAGAGACUGAAGUCAGCUCCUUUUUAUCUCUAACCUCCAGGGCCAAGGAUGAAAUAAACGGCGAGUUAACCCCGAAAGUGAAGUUACCCAAGCCCUCUAUCACCGUGGAAUGGCCUUUUCCCUCUUCCGGUGUCCCCGCCCUUUGACUCCGGAAGUGAGCUGGAGAGGCCAACGGCGGGGUGGGGGCAGCUUGUGAUGCUGGAACAAAUAUGGCUGCCUCAGUGUCCCUCUGCUGCUUGGGCUCCAGCCCCAGCCGCCGAGUGCUCCUGCUGCUGGGACUUCUGCACUUCUUGAGUCACCUCGGCCAGGGGCGCGUCCACCACCUAGCGCUCAAGGAUGAUGUGAGACAUAAGGUUCAUCUCAAUACUUUUGGAUUCUUCAAAGAUGGGUCCAUGGUGGUCAAUGUCAGUAGCCUCUCAGUUAAAGGAAAUGAAGAUACCACUGCAAAGAUUGGUUUCAGCUUGGACCGAACAAAGAAUGAUGGAUUCUCCCCUUACUUGGAUGAAGAUUUGGAUUAUUGUAUCUUUAAAAAAAAGCAGUCUGUUUCUGUUACACUCCUGAUUCUAGACUUCUCAAGGCAUCUUGUCAGAAUAAAGAUUCCAUCAGAAGCUGGUAGCCAGUUACCAAAAAUCAUCGUCAGCAAGAAUGAGAAAAUCCUGUCUGAGAAUCCAGAGCCAAGCCCUAAAAAUCUCUCAGUAAAUAACCAAACUCUUGAAAAGCAAGAAGGUGAGAAGUCUACACAAAGUAUGGAGGAUUCAAAGGUUUUAGAAGAGAAGUCUUAUCCUGUUCAUAUGAAUGAAGGGACAGUUUCAUUCCAGUUUUUCUUCAACAUCAGUACCAUUGACCAAGAAGGUCUCUACAGCCUUUAUUUCCACAAAUGUUUUGUUGGUGAUAUUCAGACCAGUAAUGACCUCUCUUUCAGCCUUGAUAUUGAGAUCAUAGAGAAGAAUCCUGACAGUUACCUCUCAGCUGGAGAAAUUCCUCUCCCAAAGCUCUAUGUUUCCAUGGCUCUUUUCUUCUUCCUUUCUGGAACCAUCUGGAUUCAUAUACUUCGAAAACGGAGGAAUGAUGUUUUUAAGAUUCACUGGUUGAUGGCGGCCCUCCCCUUCACAAAAUCUUUGUCUUUGGUGUUCCACGCAAUUGAUUACCACUAUAUCUCCUCUCAGGGAUUUCCAAUAGAAGGUUGGGCUGUUGUUUACUACAUCACUCACCUAUUAAAAGGUGCACUGUUGUUCAUCACUAUUGCACUUAUUGGUACUGGCUGGGCUUUCAUCAAACACAUCCUUUCUGAUAAAGACAAAAAGAUCUUUAUGAUUGUCAUCCCUCUCCAGGUCCUUGCAAAUGUGGCUUACAUCAUCAUAGAAUCAACUGAGGAGGGAACAACUGAAUAUGGCUUGUGGAAAGAUGCUUUGUUCUUGGUGGAUCUGCUAUGCUGUGGAGCGAUCCUCUUCCCAGUGGUGUGGUCAAUAAGACAUUUACAAGAAGCUUCUGCUACAGAUGGAAAAGCUGCUAUUAACUUAGCAAAGCUGAAACUAUUCAGACAUUACUACGUAUUGAUCGUGUGUUAUAUUUAUUUCACAAGGAUCAUUGCAAUUCUCCUCAAACUUGCUGUUCCAUUCCAGUGGAAAUGGCUCUACCAGCUCCUAGAUGAAAUGGCAACUCUGGUGUUCUUUGUUCUAACUGGCUAUAAAUUCCGUCCAGCAUCUGAUAACCCCUACCUGCAACUGUCUCAGGAAGAUGAUGAUUUGGAAAUGGAAUCUGUGGUGACGACUUCAGGAGUGAUGGAGAAUAUGAAGAAAGUCAAGAAGGUGACAAAUGGAUCUGUGGAUCCCCAAGGUGAAUGGGAAAGCACAGCAUGAUGGAACAAACUUUGAGAAGAACACUCCAAAAAACUUUUAAUUUAUUAAUAGUACUGUCAGUGAACAGGAGCAGCCUACACCUCCCAACAUUGAUACAACAAAAGAGUGUGACUGGGAGCAAAAUGUCACAGAAGCCUAAUUUCUUCCUCUGUACUUUAAGGAAACUGGAGCCGUUGCUGCCCACAAGAAAAUUUGAACUUUCCUCAAGGUGGGAAUGAUGUGUGGGGAACACUAAGGAGGAAAAUAUGAGGAUUUCAUUUGUUUUCAUUUUUAUAUGCACAUACCUUCCCUCCCCUCCCUUUGUUAAUGACUAGGUAUUCAGAAAUUUAUUUAGUUCUGUUCUAGACUGUGCUAUACCAAUGGGGAGAGAGAGAGAGAGAGAGAGAGAGAGAGAGAGAGAGAGAGAGAGAGAGAGAGAGAGAGAGAGAGAGAGAGAGAGAGAGAGAGAGAGAGUUUCUCAAAGAGAAAUAUUUGUAAUACAAAUCAUUGAACAGAGAAGAUAUUUUGGACAAGGGGAACAAAAAUUAAAUGAAAAGACUCAGUUAAUAAAAGAAUAAAGUUCAGUCAGUGUGGGAAUGGAACAAAGAAAAUAAUGAAAUUAAGUUAUUUUAUUAAGCAAAAUAGGCAUCACUUGGACAGAAACGCAAUUACAUCUUUAAAGCAUGCAUCUGGGACCCAGGAGUCCUGGGUGUGGUCCUGAGGGCUGCCACUGAUUCCAAGUAUGGCCUUGGCAGUUCCUUCUUCAUUGGUGACUAAGUCAUCUGAUUUGCAAAACGGGAUAGCACUUUAGUAAAGUGCUUUACCUUCCUAGGGCUGCAGUGCCAUGCUCAGGAUGAAUGAUUACCCUCUUCUUCUGUGAUGCAAUCCAAGGAGGAGAACAGGAUUUUCCUUAUUAAGAUGGGAUCUGCUUGUAGUUAGCCAUACUCUAGCUGUCUGUGUUACCUCAGGAAUGAGAGGGAAAGUCAGAAGCCUGAAAUUCUUUAAAUUGAUUUUUCUAUGAAGUUUCCACUAGACCAUUCUGUCUCCUACCUCCUCCCCCCACCCUCCCACCCCCUUAGAACACUAACUCCUUUCUCCUCUUGGGAGCAAUGUUUCUUUUUCUUUGUGGCAUAAAAAAAGUGAAAUAUGUGGUUCAUCAGAACAUAAGCCAUGUGGUAAAACUGUGGAAAUACCAGUGGAAAGGAAUAUGAAGAAUCAUACACAUCCAAGAAACUGUAAGCAGUUGAAAAUUUAUUCUUAAAUACUAGUAAAGAGAAGGGGAAAUCUGGGGACAGGUUUGGAUUGUAUGAAUGAGAAGACUGUGUAAACCUAAAACUUCCUGAGUGCUAGGCAUUAAACAAAGGAGACUUUCUGGUCUCUAGCCUUGAAGUUAUCUCUCAGUGAAGAAAUUUAAUGCCAUUAAAUGGAGCUGAGGUAUCAGUAGAAUCUUUCUCUUAGGGACUCUCUGAUCCUGGAUUUUUUUUCUUUUUUUUUUUAAAUGGAGACUAAAGGAAAUCUACUAACGCACCUUCCAAAAGUGUUCAUGGUUUGGUGAUAAGUGAGUGAGUGGUUAGCCACCUGAAAAUAAAAGUUUUGCAACUCAUAACAAUUUUUGAAAAAUGUGAUAGGAUAAUUUCUGGAUUUUAACCAGGUUAUUUAGGUAUUCCUUUUGGCAAUUUACAAGUUUUGAAGGAAGCCAUAUUCAUAAAUUGUUCCUAGUCUGAGUAAUUUUGCUAUGAUGGGGUCCAUUAACAAACCCAUGAAAAGGUGUUUGCUCAGCUCUAGGUACUUUGGAAUAACUCUGGAUGAGAAUCUUGAAUCUUCUUAUGUUUGCCAUUCACUGCUAUUACCUUCAAGGAGCAGGCUACCUCCUCCUAAACUAUGAAAGUGAAACCUUUGGGAAGUUUAUUUUUCUUUAUUAAAUUUUGGAAGAACAUCAAGAAUUAUGUUUGCAAAGUAUGAACAGCUUGGCUAGGCAUAGGAACCUGAAUUCUGGGCAAGGUCAUGUGUUUCCCUAAACAUUUAUCUUCCCCUAAACAUUUAUCUUCCCCUAAUCAACUUUCUCUGCAAAGAUGGUGAUGGAUGAGCUUAUAUAUUAGUGCCUGAGAAAAGCAGAUGAAAGAAAUGUGAAAAUAAGCCUCUAUUAGCUAGUUGAUGAAAUGUCAUCUCCUUCCACUAGUUCAUCCUUCUCUGCAUGAUACUCUGAAUAAAGUAUCAUCUCUCUGAUCUUUGAAGCAUCUGAAUGUAGAAUGGGAAUCAUCUUUAAGUACUGAUUGCUAGUCAUGUUUUCUCCAGAUCUUUUAUGAGAGGGUUUUCCUUGAGGAGAGAGCUGUCUUGAAUAUUUAGAUAUGUCUUCUAAUUCAGUAAACUAUUGAAAGAUAACUUUCAGUUGGGUGGCAGAAAGAAUGAAUAGGGCUCUGUACUCUUCUUACCCUCCCCUUUCUCUUUUUCUAAUGCCAAAACAGUAUAGAUGGUUGACUCCCAAGACUUCUGAGAUACUCCUUUCACAUCUUACUUCAUAGGGGAGGUCACCUGAAACACACUUGGGUACUUUACCCAGAGUGGCAUGAGCUAUUUUUCCUAUAAGCAUUUACCCUAACUAAAGGUGCAACAAGGGCCCCAGGAAGGGUGGGCGGGAUGGGGGACUUCCUUAAUUUAUAUAUUUGGUUUUAAAAAUAAAAAUAUGAGUGAGAGAUUGUGUGUGAGAAUACAUGGGUGUGUGUGUAUAUAUAUAUAUGUGUAUAUAUAUAUAUGUAUAUAUAUAUAUAUAAUGUUCAGUCAAUGCAGCAUUAAUAUCUUCAUUUGUACUGUACCAGUAACAUUAUUGCUACUACCUUGGCAGUAGCAGAGCCUUUGGGCAUGUGGACAUUGGUCUCAGGUUUCUCUUUGGUAAAAACCAUUCAUUAACACUCUAUAUAUAACUUCCAGGCUUAAAGAUCGGUUUUGUAACUGAGCAGCAACCCCUCUGGAACAUGAAAUGGACAAAUAAAAUGUGUUAGCUUUUUAAAAAAUAAAAGCCAGACUUAGCCACAGCUAUUGGAACAAAGAAAUUGUUUUCCCAUCACCAAAUGUUCAUCAGUGGGCCUUAUGGACUUUGUUAUACUGGUGAAUUAGAAGAAUACCACGCCUAAGACAAGGGUAGGGGUAAAAGAUUUAAGUUGCCCUUUUUCUUUCUAAGAUUCAAAUGAUAGAUUCUGUUCUCUUUUAUUAAUAAAUCCAUUUUCUUUCCCAAAACCAGCACUAGUACUUUUAGCUUGUUUUACCAUGAAUAAAUGAUUGAUUGAUGCUGUAAAUGGAACAGAUUUGCACAAUGGUUCCACCAAAUUCAAAAAUUCUCCCUUUAUCAGUGUGAUUUUGUGUUCAUUUGAGCUUAGAGUAAAUCCUUUAAGUUUUUCAGAAAGGAGCCAAAGAGGAGUCUACACAGGCAGUCCCCUCUUCCCCUAUGCCUGAGAUGCAUUUCUUCCUCACCUUCACCUACUAGAAUUCCUAGCUUUCUUCAGAGCUUAGCUCAGUUCAGCUCAGCUGCCACAGCCUACACAAAGCUGGUAACCCCUGUCUGCCUGUGCCAAACAUUAAAAAAAAUAAAAUAAAUAAAAAGAUUACAUUUUGUGAAAAAGGCUGUGAAAUUUCAGGAAAUUGAGGAUCCCAUUUUUGCAUUUCAAUAGAUUUGUUCCUCUAUUGCUAAAAAAUCAUGAACAGGAGAUUUUUUAAAAUCUCUGGCCAUGUUUGGUACUUUAAAGUUUGAGUAACAGUCAGUUUUUCCUGCUGAAUAAGACCCUGAGGAGUCAGUACUGAUGAAUUUGAACUUCAUCCUCUUUAUGUUUACAUCUACCCUGGUAUAAGGAUUGCUUCUUGUGCCAUGACCUUGGUGAAUUUGAUUAUUGACUCAUCAAGAGAUCUUAGUGACCCAGGCUUGGCAUAACACUACCCAAAAUUCUCUUUUCACUUCCAUUUUAUUUAAGGGAGCAAAUAACUGGAAGGGAAAUCUUAAUCGAAUUUCCCCUCUGGAGUUAUUAGAUAGUAAGCCUGUUCUCUUCUAUCUGUUGUUCUUUCACCCAACCUCUUCCCCCUCCCUUCCUCCUAUUGAUUGCCCUGUUCCACUUUGGCAGAGACUGGGAGAGUAUUGUAAGGAUUUUGGUGCAUUGCAGCAUUUGUUCAGUGCCAACUGUGAAAGAUGUGUUUCCUAAGCUAGAAGAGUCUUCAUUGAAAGAGUAUAUACCUAAUGAUUUUAUUACCCUAUAGGAUAUACUUCUCUAAAAUAAUAUGCUUUGUCUCCUUUCAGAAAAUAAUUUGGUACCAUGGCCCCAGGGAGAAAGUACAAUAUUCUCAAUUAUAAAAGGUUUUCUGGCCAUCUUCCUCUUUCUACAAAAUAUUCUCAUUGAGAAAAUUCUCCUAAGUGAAUAGGCAGGCUUUGAGAGCUGCUGGCCCCAUUCCAUGCACAACUCAAAAAAGAAACUGCUUCUAAUCCUCUUCUGCCAAGCUGUUGAGUUUCAAAAAUACAGAUUUUGACAAAAUCCACAUUGACCUCCCAAGCGCCAUGACCCUUCCAAAUGUAUUAGGACAAUGCCUAAUCCAAGAACUAUGGUUUAGAGUAUCCUGAGUCCAUUGUGUCUGUAGCUCUGCCCCCUUCAUGUAGUUUCCUCUGAGAGGAAUUCAGUAUUACUGAUCACCAUCGAAUCGUGGGAAGGCAGAAAGUGAUAAUACACCAAAUGUUCUUUUUCAUAGAUCCACUCUUCACUAUGCUAUCCCCUAGGGUGCUCUUGGCGAGCAUACUUCUUUAAAAGACCUUACUUGAGUUGAUACAAAUCCUUGUUACCACCUAGAAUACAGGCACCAACCAGUGAGCAAUGCUGAAGGUUCUCAACAUUCCCCAGGGUUCUCUUAGCAAUAUUGAUGUAUCUGUGCCAUCCUAGCUAGGCUUGUGCUUGAAAGGGGAUAAUGUUUAAUGCUCAGCCUUGAUGCAAAAAUAUUUCCUGAAUUAAUUACCAAAUGGAUACACUACAUGAAAGGAAGAGUUGGAGUAAUUUGGGAGUGGGAAAGCAGCUGCCUUUGUGUUGGAUUAAGGGCCUAUUGGAAUUGAUUGAAUAGAAUGCAGUUAGAUAGCUUGAAGGAGUCCUUAAGUAAGGCAAUAAAUGUCAAAAUGAUAUGAAAAAAGUUAGGUUGGCACACAACAGUAGGCUUAUUACAAGGAUUGUUUUGGUGUUUUGUAAUGAGAUUCUGGCUACUCAAAGGACCAGAGAAGGGCUAAGGAAACAGUGCUGCUGGCAAGCCAGCUCUAUUACCUCAAGAUUUACUGUGUUAGGGCCUUGGCUCAGAAAGCAGCUUUCAGACAGCGUAUGUACCCUAAGUUGGAUUUACCUAGCUAUGUGACUUCAAGAGCUCAGGUAGGGUUUUUAAUCCAGGAACAAAAUUUCUGGAUGCUUUCAGACAAUAAAGAUUUCUUUGCUCUUCAUUUUAGCUUGUGGUUCAUCAGAAAGAGAUUUUUCAGUAUUUUUCCCCCUAACAUUAUUUAACAGAUCACUAUGGGGUAUUUAUAUAAUGGGUAUAGGAGAAAAUAUAUAAAUCAGGUUACUGUAUGUAAUAUGUAAUUGGUUUUCUUGCUUUGGUGCAAAUGUGUAAAAUAAACAAUCCAUGAUGAAAUGUGCAUUUAUAA